CUUUGCUCCGCGGGCAACGCUGGCGCUCGCCGAUAUUUCCAGCUCGCUGUGGAUUGUGGGAGAGACGAGGACACUGCCCGAGCUUGUUACCGGAGACAUUUUUUUUUCGCCGUGCCCUGCAUUUAGCCUGACACUGGUAGCUGUCUCAGAAUCAUGUCCAGCCGAGGAGGAAAGAAGAAGUCGACUAAGACGUCCCGGUCCACCAAGGCCGGGGUCAUCUUCCCUGUGGGGCGCAUGCUGCGCUACAUCAAGAGGGGCCUGCCUAAAUACCGCAUAGGAGUGGGAGCGCCUGUCUACCUGGCUGCUGUCCUUGAGUAUCUUACUGCGGAAAUCCUGGAAUUGGCGGGGAAUGCUGCCAGAGACAACAAGAAGGGUCGCGUCACACCACGACACAUCCUGCUGGCCAUUGCCAACGAUGAGGAGUUAAACCAGUUGCUGAAAGGUGUGACCAUCGCAGCAGGCGGAGUCCUGCCCAACAUCCAUCCAGAGCUGCUGGCUAAGAAGAGAGGCGCAAAGGGCAAACUGGAAACACCCGUCUCACCGGCCCCUGAGAAGAAACCCAAGCCGGUUAAGAAAACAGUGGCUAACAAAAUGAGUGGGAAAAAGGCAGGAGGGAAGGCGAAGAAACAGGGUGAGGUGAGCAAGGCGGCAUCGGCAGACAGCACUACAGAGGGAUCUCCAACCGACAGCUUCACCGUGCUCUCAACCAAGAGCCUCUUCCUGGGUCAGAAGCUCAACCUUAUCCACAGCGAGGUCAGUAACUUGGCUGGCUUUGACGUGGAGGGGGUCAUCAACCCCACCAAUGCUGAACUUGAACUUAAAGAUGAUCUAGGCUCUGCUUUGGAAAAGAAGGGAGGGAAGGAGUUCACUGAAGCGCUGCAGGAGCUGAAGAAGAAAAAUGGCCCUCUAGAGGUGGCUGGUGCUGUGUUGACCGGAGGUUUUGGUCUUCCCGCCAAGUACGUCAUCCACUGUAACAGUCCAGGCUGGGGCUCCGACAAGUGUGAGGAGCUGCUGGACAAGACAGUGAAGAACUGCCUGGCUCUCGCUGACGAGAAGAAACUCAAAUCUGUGGCCUUCCCCUCUAUUGGUAGUGGAAGAAACGGUUUCCCAAAGCAGACGGCGGCCCAGCUGAUCCUCAAGGCCAUCUCCACCUACUUUGUGGCCACCAUGUCUUCCACCAUCAAGACCGUCUACUUCGUGCUAUUUGACAGUGAGAGCAUCGGGAUCUACGUGCAGGAAAUGGCCAAGCUGGAGACGAGCUAAAAGAGUCUGAAGUAUCCUUGUCCUUUUCCCCAACCAUUUUUUUCCUGCAAGGAAAUAGGAAGGUGUUUACUAGUGAUUUGUUUAAAAAAAAAUGGAGAGAAGAAGAAUCUUUCUUAAGGCCGGGAACUUGUUUUUGCAUUAUGUUUGUAUUUUUUCCUAUAUUGUUUUUAAUUUCUUAUUUACUUGUCACCUCUGACGUUUAAAUGUAGAAGUACACUGUUCAUUCUGCGGUCUUUUAAUACAAAACAGUGCCACACAAAACAGAUUCAACAGAGUGAGAAGACUCACUUUAAGAUUUAAUUUUCAUGAUAUAUAUAAAAGAUGUUAUGAGAGAUAGCUACUCCUCAAUUACAAGGCUUCCAGAGAAGUCCGAUGAAUACGGGUUAAUGCAUGUAAUGGCAGUAAAAGGCAGUAAAAAUAACUGUUCACUUUCUUUUGAUCUCAGUAACACAAGACACUUAAUUGAGUGUAUUUUUGGUAUGAAUUCAUGGUUUUGGAACAUCUCUGUUGUUAAUAGUACUGUAUAAUGAAAAAGUAAUGCAUACAGAAGAGUUCAGUUUGCUCUACUUUGGUCUUCUGGAGACUAAUAUGACAAAGUGUUUUUGUUUUUGUGUUGUGUGUUGCAUUUGUUUCCUUUUUGUCCUGCAGAGACCCUGAACUCCCAAAAUAAUUUUAAUCAAUUGAAAAGAGAGAAAACAAGUUCUAAAUUCCCAUAUACAAGUACUCAUCCUGGUACUAACAUUAAGAAACAGUUUACACUGUCACCUGAACAUUCGUUGGUUGUUAUUUACAGGAAAGUAAAUCAAUUUAUGACAAAAAAAUGUAUAAUUUGUGUUUUUUUGCAGGGCACUAAUGGUUUAUAUUGUGUGUUUCUAUCAGUGUUUAUAUAGAUGGAGUAUUCGUGAAAACUUAUAGUAAAAUAUUGGACUGUAACAGAGAUUUUUAUUUUCUAUUUUAAUUUUCACACAGAUUCUAAAAAGGCACAGUUGAUUUGGGAAGAAAAAAGAAAAAUGUAAGAGAUUGUUCUUUAGUGUGUUUUGUCUUUGUUAAGCCAUAAAACAGCUGGAAGUGGAGGCUCUCUGCUGCUGCUUUGGGUUGUUCUUUCACCACUAGAUGGCUCCCUAUUAUCAAGAAUUGGAUUUUUUUUUUUUCAUCUCAGCCAUUUUCUGUGCAGCAGCAGGCCUCUUCACACAGACGCUGGUCGAUUUGAGUUUGAUUUGAAUUGGGACUGACGGACGUAUACAAGGAACCGGACUGCUCUGCUGCAUUUGGACUUUUCAACAGCCUAACUUUCUUAUGAAAAAAAAAGAAAAUUUCUAAAGAAUUGCUACAAUUGAUGAUUCUACAAAAAAGUCUGUACACACUCCGGUAAUAAAAUACCUUUAAAAACUU